AUGCAUUACCGCCACGAGGAGAUUUCGGUGCUGCAUCAUGCGAAAAAUGAAACGCUCACGGCGGCCAACGACGCCAAGUUCGAGCAGACAUCCGUUGUUUGGCCCUUUCUCAUUCAGAAUGCGAUGGAAAAUCCUUUGUGCACCUCGACGACGCCAACCAACUCGACCGUUUCCGUGCUGCUCUGGACGACGAUUGCAGUGUUUGGCAUCGUUUACACGCUGCUAGGAUAUCGAUGUCUACGAGCAAUCGGAUUUCUCACUGGGCUGGCGGCCGGUGCGGGGUGUAUAGUGUUGCUGCAGAACAAAAACAUCACCGGAUUCGGUAACUUGGCCGCCCCGGCGUUGGCUGUCGUCGCCGGGCUGUUUGGGGCCGUGCUCGGUUCCACCCAUCCCAUCUCGGCCACGCUGAUAGGAGCCUCGGCCGGUGCGCUGGUAGCCGGUGCUACGAUCGCCGCCUGCAUAGCCACGCUACCUCAUUACAUUUUUGGAGAAAACGAGCUGUUCGUGUCCGUGGUCGGUGGUGCCAUCAUCUGCGCCAUCGUGACACUAUUCUGCCCAAAGUUUAUGUCCAUCAUUGCCUCUAGUAUCAUUGGUUCAGCCAUGAUACUCUGCUCAAUCGAUUUCUUCAUGCACGGACUGAACACGAUGGAUUGGAUCUUCAACAUGAAGCCAGACCCGACACCGCCACCGUGCUGGGGUGGAGUGAUCCUGUGCUGCUGGCCCAUUUCGUCCGUGCUCGGUGUGCUGGUGCAAAGCUUCGUCACUGCCUGGAAGAUCGACCAUCGGCGCCAGCUGCAUCACCGCCGGAGGCGACACUACAAGACGCGGUCCGGGUCGCGAUCGCGCGAAACCCGAGAAGAGGCACGCCAGCGAAAGUAUCGCUACCUGUACCAGGUUCGCACGGCUCGAGGUGAUAUCAUUUCCCAGAACUUUGUAUCUGCCCUGCAGAAGCAUGUCACUACGGACUCCGGCCCACCGUCGGAGGUGUCGACGAAGACGGGCUCGAACGACCGCAACACGGCCCGCAGCGACCGAACCCAUCUGACCAACCUGCCCGAUUCCGACUUUGACAAGAUGGACUCGGCGAGCUGCGAGAAGCGUUGA